AGCAGAGCUCAGGAGAUGAAGCAGAUGGAGAGUUGGGGAAACAGAUUCACCAUGAGAGCUCUUGUGUUUCUUUGCAGCGUGCUCAUCACACAAGGAGUGCAAGGUAGCACGACAACGGAAGGUUGGACGACUCCACAAACGGAUUACUCAGCAGAAGCUCAACCUUCUUGUCAAUACAACUGUGGAUACGACAUGGGAAGCUGCUCCUGCUCCAGUUCCUGUCAGUGGAAUGGAAACUGCUGCCAUGACUACUACUCAUACUGUGGAUACGCCGACACCACCGCUUAUCCCGAAACACCUCAACCUUCUUGUCGAUACAACUGUGGAUACGACAUGGGAAGCUGCUCCUGCUCCAGUUCCUGUCAGUGGAAUGGAAACUGCUGCCAUGACUACUACUCAUACUGUGGAUACGACGACUCCACCGCUAAUCCCGACACACCUCAACCUUCUUGUCAAUACAACUGUGGAUACGACAUGGGAAGCUGCUCCUGCUCCAGUUCCUGUCAGUGGAAUGGAAACUGCUGCCAUGACUACUACUCAUACUGUGGAUACGCCGACACCACCGCUUAUCCCGAAACACCUCAACCUUCUUGUCGAUACAACUGUGGAUACGACAUGGGAAGCUGCUCCUGCUCCAGUUCCUGUCAGUGGAAUGGAAACUGCUGCCAUGACUACUACUCAUACUGUGGAUACGACGACUCCACCGCUAAUCCCGACACACCUCAACCUUCUUGUCAAUACAACUGUGGAUACGACAUGGGAAGCUGCUCCUGCUCCAGUUCCUGUCAGUGGAAUGGAAACUGCUGCCAUGACUACUACUCAUACUGUGGAUACGCCGACACCACCGCUUAUCCCGAAACACCUCAACCUUCUUGUCAAUACAACUGUGGAUACGACAUGGGAAGCUGCUCCUGCUCCAGUUCCUGUCAGUGGAAUGGAAACUGCUGCCAUGACUACUACUCAUACUGUGGAUACGCCGACACCACCGCUUAUCCCGAAACACCUCAACCUUCUUGUCGAUACAACUGUGGAUACGACAUGGGAAGCUGCUCCUGCUCCAGUUCCUGUCAGUGGAAUGGAAACUGCUGCCAUGACUACUACUCAUACUGUGGAUACGACGACUCCACCGCUAAUCCCGACACACCUCAACCUUCUUGUCAAUACAACUGUGGAUACGACAUGGGAAGCUGCUCCUGCUCCAGUUCCUGUCAGUGGAAUGGAAACUGCUGCCAUGACUACUACUCAUACUGUGGAUACGCCGACACCACCGCUUAUCCCGAAACACCUCAACCUUCUUGUCGAUACAACUGUGGAUACGACAUGGGAAGCUGCUCCUGCUCCAGUUCCUGUCAGUGGAAUGGAAACUGCUGCCAUGACUACUACUCAUACUGUGGAUACGACGACUCCACCGCUAAUCCCGACACACCUCAACCUUCUUGUCAAUACAACUGUGGAUACGACAUGGGAAGCUGCUCCUGCUCCAGUUCCUGUCAGUGGAAUGGAAACUGCUGCCAUGACUACUACUCAUACUGUGGAUACGCCGACACCACCGCUUAUCCCGAAACACCUCAACCUUCUUGUCGAUACAACUGUGGAUACGACAUGGGAAGCUGCUCCUGCUCCAGUUCCUGUCAGUGGAAUGGAAACUGCUGCCAUGACUACUACUCAUACUGUGGAUACGACGACUCCACCGCUAAUCCCGACACACCUCAACCUUCUUGUCGAUACAACUGUGGAUACGACAUGGGAAGCUGCUCCUGCUCCACUUCCUGUCAGUGGAAUGGAAACUGCUGCCAUGACUACUACUCAUACUGUGGAUACGCCGACACCACCGUUUAUCCCGCCACAUCUCAACAGUCAUGUGAAAACAACUGUGGCAGCUACCUGGGAAGCUGCUCCUGCCAAUACUCAUGUCAGUGGAAUGGAAACUGCUGCCAUGACUACUACUCUUACUGUGAAUGGACCACUGAAGUUCCCACCACAGGGCCAUGCGGAGGCUCCCUGUUUGGCUCUGGCACCAUUUCAAGCCCCAACCACCCCGACUACUACAACGACAACUCCUACUGCGUGUGGCAGCUCAGAGCUGCAUACGACCAAAGGAUCUUCUUGGCAUUUUCUUACCUGCAAUUGGAGAACUGUUGCAGCUGCGACUACAUUUCAAUCUACGACGGACCGUACACUUCUUCACCAUACUUGGGGAAAGUGUGCAACAACAGUCUGAGCACUUUCUACUCCACCUCCAACUACAUGACAGUGAUCUUCAGGUCGGACAGGUCUGUGGUCGGCCGGGGAUUCAGAGCCGAGUUCAUGAGCUCUCUGAAACCCGGCUCAGGUCGUGUUGACUGUUCUUCAGACAACAUGAACAUCGUUAUCAACCUACCCUACCUGAACUCUCUGGGCUACAACGGCCACAGUUUGUACCUGGAUGAUCCGUACUGCAAACCAAACAUAUCCAGCUACGAGGUGGUCUUCAGUUUCCCCCUCAACUCUUGUGGAACCGUCAAACACUUCAACAACGGCAGAGUUGUGUACACCAACAAUAUCCGCGGGUUUCCCUCGUCGCAAGGAGAGAUUGUGCGUCAGUCGUACCUGAAGAUGAACGUCAACUGCACCAUGGAGCCGGAUUCUGUCUCCCAGAUCAUGUUUGUUGUGAGUAACGGGGGUAACAGCAGCAUCGCUGGUUCGGGGCGAUACAACACCAGCAUGGCUUUCUACACGUCCAGCAGCUUCUCCUAUAAGGUAACUAAUGUCCCGUAUCAGGUUGCUCUCAACCAGGACUUGUAUGUUCAAGUGGACAUGAGUACGCAUGACAGUGACCUUGUCCUCUUCCUGGACACCUGCGUGGCCGCCCCAUCGCCCUUCGAUUUCGAAACCAGACCUUAUUACUUAGUGCGAAAUGGAUGCAGUGUUGACAGCACGUAUCGCCCCAUCUCUUCUGGCAGCUGGUACAGAGCCCGUUUUACAUUCAAGACCUUCAUGUUCCUGCGAGGCACAGACUCUGUGUACCUCCAGUGCAAGGCCCUGAUCUGUCCCGCCUCCGAGAGCAACUCCCGCUGCCGCCGCGGAUGCAGCAGACGUAAGGCCAGGGAGCUGGAGCCCAAACAUGAGAGCCAAACUCUGGUCAUGGGUCCCAUUCAGCUCAAAAAAUCUGAAGAAGAGAAGAAAGAGCCAGAAGAGCAGAACGAGGCUUAAGUUGUUUCUGCGGAAACCUCAUCCAAUCAACUCUGAGUUCCUUUAAAUGAAAUGCUAGAUUCUACUCAACCUUUCUUUCCUUUCUCUCUCAUUAUCUGAUUAAAUGCAUUAUUGAAAGACAA